UUUAUAUUUAACUAGGUUUCUCGGGGAUGAUCGUUUUUCUCGUGCUAGAGACUCAAUGUCCAGACUUAAUACUUCUUUUGAUUGGGGAAAACUUUCGUACUGAGUGGUAUAACACAUAUACUGGAGAUAAACCUUAUUGAUAAUAUGAUGGGGUGGAGGGUUUAGUGAUCAAUGGAACCCUACAGAGACGCACUAGAAAACAGUGACUUUAAUGGACACCGGAGAAGACAUACUGGUGAAAAAUGUCAUAAAUGUGAUGUUAGUGCUAGAGAACCUACUCAAGGUGGUGACUUUAAAGGACACCGGAGAACACAUACUGGUGAAAAAUUUCAUAAAUGUGUUAGAGAAUUUAGUCAAGGUAGUGAAUUAAAUGAAAACACGAGAACACAAACUGGUGAAAAAUGUUAUAAAUGUGAAUUUUGUAAUAGAAAAUUUACUACAGGUGGUAAUCUGAAGAGACACAUGAGAACACAUACUGAAAAUAAGUCUUAUAAAUGUAAUGAAUGUGGUAAACAGUUUAGUCAAGUCAGUAAUUUACAACGUCACAUGAGAACACAUUCAGGUGAUAAACCUCAUGACAGUGAUAUUUACGGUAAAGGGUUUAGUAAGCCUGGUAAUUUACAGAUUCACACGAGAAUACAUACUGGUGGUAAACCUCAUAACUGUGAUGUAUGUGGUAAAGGGUUUCGUCAGCAUGGUCAUUUACUGAUUCACAUGAGAAUACAUACUGGUGAAAAACCUCAUAACUGUGAUGUUUGUGGUAAAGGGUUUAGUCUGCUUGGUAAUUUACAAAGACACAUAAGAAUACAUACAGGUGAUAAACCUCAUGACUGUGAUGUAUGUGGUAAAGGGUUUAGUCAGCAUGGUAAUUUACAACGUCACAUGAGAAUACAUACAGGUGAUAAAAUAAAACCUCAUUACUGUGAUGUAUGUGGUAAAGGGUUUCGUCAGCAUCGUCAUUUACUGAUUCACAUGAGAAUACAUACUGGUGAAAAACCUCAUAACUGUGAUGUUUGUGGUAAAGGGUUUAGUCUGAUUGGUCAUUUACGAAGACACAAGAGAAUACAUACAGGUGAUAAACCUUAUGACUGUGAUGUUUGUGGUAAAGGUUUUAGUCGUCUUAGUAAUUUACAGAUUCACAUGAGAACACAUACAGGUGAUAAACCAAAUGAAUGUAAUGUAUGUGAUAAAAAGUUUAGUGAUCGUAGUAAUUUACAACGUCACAUGAAAACACAUACAGGUGAUAAACCUCAUGACUGUGAUGUUUGUGGUAAAGGUUUUAGUCGUCUUAGUAAUUUACAGAUUCACAUGAGAACACAUACAGGUGAUAAACCAAAUGAAUGUAAUGUAUGUGAUAAAAAGUUUAGUAAACGUAGUAAUUUACAACGUCACAUGAAAACACAUACUGGUGAAAAACCUCAUUACUGUGAUGUAUGUGGUAAAGGGUUUAGUCAGCAUGGUAAUUUACUGAUUCACAUGAGAACACAUGAAGGUGAUAAACCUCAUGAAUGUGAUGUAUGUGGUAAAGGUUUUAGUCGGCUUUGUCAUUUAGAAAGACACAUGAGAAUACACACAGGUGAACAACUUCAUGAAUGGGAUGUAUGUGUUAAAGGUUUUAGUCAAGGUCGUGGCUUAAAGAGACACAAGAGAACACAUAAAAGUGAAAAACCUCAUGACUAAUGUAUGUGGUAAAAAGUUUAGUCAUCUUAGUAAUUUACAACGUCACAUAAGAACACAUACAGGUGAUAAAACUCAUAACUGUGAUGUUUGUGGUAAAGGGUU